AUGUUGGUUUUCACUCCUCUCCAGAGUCAAGUCUUUGUUCGCCCCGCGUCUUUCCCCGGCAUCUAUCUGGAGAACCAGUACCUAGACGGCGCAGCGCAGCGCGCCGCACAUGACUACGCCCUCGCCCACGCUCGUGUCGAGGCUAUUGAACGCCAGCGUGAGCUCUACUGUCACCGCCUGGGCUCGCACCACCAGUUCCGUGGCCCUGGACACUUUCCCCGGCGUCACUACGGCCGUCCUUCAACAGAUUUCCGUCAAGGAUUUGGCUCCUCUCCUGCUACACGCCCGACCUUCCAACCGCGCCGUGCCCCCUCUUAUUCUCUUGAAGAACUCGAGCUAGCGUACAGCGUCUGGCAGCAGGAGGAGCGUAUCCUCUCCCAACAACGCGAGGCCGCCGCCCGAGAGCGCGAGGAAGUCCUUGCCCGUCAGCGCGAGGCUCAACGCCAGCGCGCACUAGCCGAAGCCGCCGCUCGCGAGGAGCAGGUCCGUGCAGCUCGUGUAGCUCGUAUUCGUGCUCAGCAGGCCCGCGAUCAGGAGGUCCUCCAUGCCCUUCUCAGUCAGCUCGGUCUUGCAUUCGUACAGGCUCAGUCUGCCCAAGACACGCCCCGGGCCAAUAGGCAACAGGUGUGUAGUAUUCGUGCUCGUCAUCUGAGUAGCUGCGGCAGAAUGACUCAUCUUCAAUCUCUGCAGCCUACUGUCUCAACGGCGCGCCCCGCGGCCGCUGCAGCUUCGGCCCCCAGUCCUUCCCCCGCGCCUGCCGACCGCAAGGGUAAGGGCAAGGCUGUUGAUGUUCCCGCAUCGGUCCCGACGCCCAUCUCGACGAAACUAGCGCAUGCCCCCGAACACACGGAGGUGCCCACGCUCAAGGAAGAGCUCGAGGCGCGCAUCCGCACGGAGAGCGAUCCUGAGGUACAGCAGUCGCUCGUAUUGCUCUACUCAGAUCUCUUUGAUAUCCGCGAGCCGUCUCAGUCCGUCGCAGGCCCUUCUGGCACCAACCAUGCGUCGUUUCAAAUCCCUGUCUCUGGUCCUUCUACAUCCUCAAUUCCCGCUCCUGCCACGUCUUCCGUUUCUGCCGCCCCGAAACCUGUAGAUAUCAAAAGUACUACCACCACGGCUGCCACGACCUCUCAGCCUGAGCCCUUGACAGCGACCGGAAGGGGAAAAGACGAGACCAGAGAAACAGAAACUGAGGGCGCCCCUCUACACCGUACCCCCGCACUCCCGCCCGCCAUCGCUGCGAAGUUGCUCAAGUUCUAUAACGUCCGGCGGGCGCGCAAGCUCUCGCUCGCGGAGAUCGAGGAGGUCGAGGACGCGCUCCGCAAGCUCGAAACCACGUUCGAGUUCCCCGCGCAGCUCGACUUCGUCUCCGACCCGCUUCCUUCCCCGUCCGCCUUGGGAUACACCACCAACAACGCUCCGGUGCAUGCGUACGAGCACGCGCUGAACCAGCUGCUGACGCGGUUGGACGCUGUGGAGAGCAUUGGGGACGAUGAGGUGCGGGGAAGGAGGAGAGAGGUUGUCAAGGAGGUCGAGCGCGCGCUGGAGGCGAUGGAGAGGCGGAUUGAAGAGAGUAGGGAGCGGAGUCGUGAGCGGGACCCCCGGAGACGCGCGAGCGUAAGCUCACAGGCUUCGGACGGGGAGGCGACUGUUACGCCGUAUAACCUGCACACCACGGACAACGUCGACAAGGCUGAGACUGAGGAGGUCGUCAAGGCCCCUGCUGAGGUCGAGGAGACGAGGACUGUAGCCCCCGUCGAAGUCAACACAGCUCUGGGAUCCACGGACCAGGUUGAGGUACCCGAGCAAGGCCCCUCCCCCGCUGAGGCGCAGCCCGCAGCGGCAUCUUCCCCACUCAUCAAUGCCACUACCGACGACGGCGUUUUACGUAUCACCGCAGGCGUACCCGACAGCGGCGCAGACAUCGACGCCCUGACCGACGAUGAGUUCAUCCACGCUGACCCCAGCUCCCCGGCAGAUGAGAUCGAUUUCGCCGACGGCACCAUCGACCAGCUCGAGGGUGCCAAGCCCCAAUCCAGCCCCGCUACUGCUGAGGCGGCAACGGCGCCCUCUCGUGCAUCCGACGCGGAACUUUCGCCAGUCUCGACCGCGCCAGAGGACAGUCCCCAUACUCGGUUCGAAGUCGCGGAGGAAGAUGUAGCUGCACCCGCUUCCGAAUAUGCCGAGGACACUACUGCCACCGCUCCUCUUCCCGCACCCGCCCUCGCGGCACCAGAGGCCAUCUCCCGAGUUGCGUCUAGUGCUACAGAUGAAACCUUCUUCACUGCGGAUACCGACUCCGAGGCAAUUCCUCUAUCCGCCACAGACGAUGCGACAUUCUUCACUGCCAGCACCGCAACGCCCGCCGAGCCCGCCUCACAGCCGAUGAGCCGGUCGGCGUCAUCGUCGUCCGCGGGCCAGGACACGUUCCUCCUGUCGUCAACACCCCUCGCAGACGACCAGCCCAAGGAGCACAGGCCGUCUGGCGGAGACGAUGAGGAACUGGAGAUCAUCAGCACGGACGAACUCGAGGCGGCCAGGAACGACAGCGACUGGUCGGACAUCGAGUCCCAUUCGGACUUGUAACCUAUCGACACUUUGGGGUAGCCGUCAUCACUUUCGUUGGACUUCUGGCUUUCCUUCUGCUUCGUGUUACUAGUAGAGUACUGCACAAGUUAGUCCGACCGUAUUGAUGCAGUCUUGGGAUCUUCGGUUGUAUACGUAGCGGCACAUGAAGCAAUACAUU